GUUGAUUUAUCAGAUAUGUACCUCUAAUUUUCCGCUCAACUUACCUGUAAUUCCAGAAGACUCUUGGCUCCGAUUAAAUCAGAGGAAAAAUGAUUUUUCUUGGAAGUAAAUCAUAACCAUUUAGUUUGUUUUCUUUUUUAAAAAGAUAUGCUCCCAAAAUAGGAGUGAUUUGCUCAAAUAUCUUGUAACUAGUGAUGAAGCUUCCGUCGUCAAGAAAAUCACCCAUGAAAAUGAAGAUUCCGUCGUCAAGGAAAUCACCCAUGGCUAAGUUUCCAUUUCAAAAUGCCGGUUGAUAAAUAAUCUUUCAUAUCACUUCUUUAAUAGUUUUCCUGAUAGAUUUUUCUGAAAAUCUUCACAAGAGAAAAACCCUAACUUGAUUCGAAGAAUGCCUGUUAGAGUUGUUGAAAGUUCAGCCCCAUCGCAAAUUACAGGUGGGAAUAGUGAACAUUCUCUUCCUCCAGCUUGUACACUUUUGAGUGUUGGGCAGGCUUUUGCUGGAACUCAAAACGUUUCAAGCUUACAAAAGGAUGAAGCCUGGAGAGUUAAUGUUCGAAUUCAAGGAUGUGACCUUGAUCGUGGUUAUUUAUGCGGCACUAUGGAAGCUCUUAAUGUACCAUUGGCAGACACACCAGUAGUGACAUUUUGGGAGGGGGAGAUUGUUGACACGAAGAAUUAUACAUUUUUCACUGGCAAGUGGGAAGCAACGCCAGAGGAUGAUAUAAGGCACUGGUCCAAGUUUCCAUCUUUUAAUCCUUUGUUAAGUCAAGUGGAGGCCGAUGGCGGAAAAUCGUUGGACCUUAGUAACUAUCCUUACAUAUUCAUGAGAUGGAAAGAGCAGUAUUUUGUGAAUGUUGGUAUAGACUGCGGCUUAACCAUUGCUGGUUUUUACUAUGUUUGCUUCUCUUGUAGCGAUGGAUCUAUCAAUGGUUUUUAUUAUGAUCCUAAUAGCAGCCCUUUUCAAAAGCUUGAGCUGAAGUCGACCAACGAAGGAAGAUCCGGCUUCAGCUUUUCUUCUUAUCAGUUGCAAUAACUUGGAUUUCCAGAAACAGUUCAAUCUUCAGAUUAGUAGAUAUAGAGGAAGGGGUUACUAGUAUUCUGUUAACUUAUUGCAAGGACAGAGCAAAGUUGUAAUAGCAUAGAAGCAUUAUAUUAUUUGAUACGGAUAACUGUUUUUGUUGUAAGAAGGGUCUUGGUUUUUCCUCAGGUUAGGGGGGUCUUGGUUGUAGGAUUUGCUUUGUUGUUGCAGGCCUGUUUGGCUUUUGUACUUUCCUCUUGUUGUUGGUGGUGGUGCUACCUUUCUUGUUUUCUUUAUGUUUCUAUAAUAACAUUAUAAAAAAAAUUACUACAAAAA